CACCUGGGGACAACGGACACGAAAUGCGGGGAGCGCUAUCAAACGGGUACAUGUAGGUACAGUUCAAAUGCCUACGUAAGGGGGAAUAUGUACAAAAGCGACGAUCUCCUCGACAACAAGUGUCAGGGCCGCGCACGAAGCGAAGGGCGGCGUGCCGGCGCAGGAAGAAAAAAGGGCAAAACAAAGCAGCACACUGUCCUCCCCACCAGCACCAAUGCUCGCGUAAAUACAUCAACUGCAUGAAAGUCAUGCAGCGUCGUUGGGGAAAGAAGUGCCCCGCACCCUCAUCGGCGUAGAGAGUCGGGGCCUGAGGGACGGGCCUAGAGGGCGGCAAGACCCAUGAUGCCCGCGACGGCGGCGACGGCCAGGCUGUCCAUGCCGAGAUGCGACGCGGCGCCGGUGGCAGUCGGCAGCGGCGAGACGGUGGAUGCGCUCCAGGUCGUCGACGCGGCCGUGGGCAGGGCAGUGGAGCCCCAUGCUGACGAACUGCUGUUCUUCGUGGCCCAUGCGUGCGAGGUCCACGUCGAGCUCCAUGCCGUCGGCGUGACGCGAAGCAGUUCGAUGGUGGUGGUGAAGGUCGCCGAGGCGCCGUGCAGAAGGCCCGCGGCCGCGAGGGCCGAUGCGCUCCAACUGUUGAUGCGCAUGGUGAGUUUCAAUGUGGAAUGUGGUUCGCCCGGCAAUCGGUGUGGAGCGCGCCGUCCAGCCGGUUGGUCAGGACUGGAAUGCGGGAUGGACGACUGUGACGACUGUUUGUUGACACGGCGGAUCGAUAUGCUGCGAUCGUUGCAGAAGGGUGUCGCGUGCUGAUGAGCUGGCUCGGUCGCAAG